UACUUUUCUCUGUAUACGUCCUUUCUCUGUAUAGUAUAUGAAAGCACCAACCACCAUCACACAACAACACAAAUCCCUGCCAUUCUUUUUUCUCUUUAAAGUCUUCGUCCUGUUUCAGCUGCAUUAUUAAAGCUACCAUUUCCCCUGCAACUUUGGCGAUCAACAAAACACAAAAAAGAAACAAAGAUUUAUCAUUGAACCAACGACGAGUUGAUACACAGAUCAUUAUAAGAUGGAGAACUUCUUGGGUCUUCUCAGAAUUCGCAUCAAAAGAGGGAUAAAUCUUGCAGUUAGAGAUGCUAUCAGCAGUGAUCCUUAUGUUGUUGUUCAAAUGGGCAAACAGAAGCUGAAGACCAGUGUCAUCUCAAACAGUAUCAAUCCUGAGUGGAAUGAAGACCUUACCCUAACUGUUGCAGAUCCAACUGUCCCAAUUACGCUGCGAGUGUAUGACAAGGAUACAUUCACCCUUGACGACAAAAUGGGUGAUGCCCAGUUUGAUAUCAAAGCGCUUCUGGAAGCUGUCAAGAUGCGGUUAGAAAGCCUCCCUAAUGGAACCAUAAUCACCAAAGUUAAACCGAGCAGAGAGAACUGCUUAGCGGAAGAGAGCAACAUUACGUGGGAAGAUGGCAAGGUUAUUCAGAACAUGAUUUUUAGACUUCGAAAUGUGGAGCAAGGUGAACUAGAACUUCAAUUGCAAUGGAUAGAUAUCCCUGGCUCAAAAGGCCUGUAAGUUGAUCAUUUGCUAUGUACAAUUAAGCUCAGGUUCGGUUACAGUGUGAAGAUAUAUGAUUGUUCUGUUUUGGUCAA